UAAGAUACAUAACAAAACAAUUGUACUGUCUUGUAUAAUAAUUUAAUAAUAAUUUAUUUCUUAUACCCCGCCUCCAUCUCCCCGAAGGGUCUCGGGGAAGUCAUAGGGAGGAGGGAGCAAGCUUGUUUUCUGCUGCUCUGCAGACUAGGACGCGGAACAAUGGCUUCAAACUACAGGAAAGAAAGGAGAUUCCACCUGAACAUUAGGAAGAACUUCCUCACUGUGAGCCCUGUUCGGCAGUGGAACUCUCUCCCCCGGACUGUGGUGGAGGCUCCUUCUUUGGAAGCUUUUAAGCAGAGGCUGGAUGGCCAUCUGUCGGGGGUGCUUUGAAUGCGAUUUGCUGCUUCUUAGUAGGGGGUUGGACUGGAUGGCCCAUGAGGUCUCUUCCAACUCUACUAUUCUAUGAUUCUAUUAUUCUAUGGUUCUAGAUUGCUGUAGAGACAAACGGUUCUAACUGCCACUUUCAUCUCGGAGAAGGAGGAGAGCGCUGACUGAAAAUGAUCAGGGAGGAAAUGGCUGCAAUACUCUCCGAAGCCUAGUUAUUUAUAAGGCAAAUGAGGCAUAUUUAAAGGGACUGUUUAUUUCUACGUUCUCUGUGAAUUCAGAAAGACUGAUAAAUAUCUUGUUGCCCUGUUUGAACUUUUGAACUGAGGGUGUCCUGGAUCAAGUCUGGUGGGCUUAGUGUGUAGAAGAUACAGUGGAGACUUGUCAGAACAUGGCACCUAGGAGCAUCGAGACCCCAAGGAAGGGCAGGCAAGAAAAGAAAGAAGGGAAAGGAGAGAAGCCCCUCCCCCUGACGUCAUUUCCGGAAGGGAGGGGUGGGGCAACACGUGGACCUCGGGGCAUUGCCUUUCUUGGGAGGAGAAGGAAGGAAGGAAGGAAGCAGGAGAGGAAGGCUCUGGCAUCAUUUGAGGAAGUGGCCCUGUGUUUCUCUGAGACGGCGUUGUGUGUCCUGAAUCAGGUCUAGUGGGCUUCAUGUGUGGACAAUACAAUGGAGACCUGUGAGAACAUGCCCUCUGGAAAUCAGCAGGAGAACGAGGACCAUGGGGAGCCUGCUGUGACAAACCCUGACAUGAAUAGCGCAACCCAAGUGAAAAAUCCAAAGACCUUAUCUUCCUUCCAGCAGGAUGAUCAUUCUGAAUCUCCAACCUCAGAAUCAAGUCAAACUCAAUGUUCUGACUGUGGGAGAAUUUGCAAAUGCCAUUCACAGGUAGACAUAGAUGCCAGGCUCAUCAAAGGAGACAGAUGCAUGGAAUGUGGAAAUAAUUUUAGUCCGUGUGAUCACCUAUGUUCACAUCAAAAAACUCACACAAAAGAGAAACCAUAUCAAUGUAUGGACUGUGGAAAGUCCUUUGGUUAUAGUAGCAAUCUCCGCCGCCAUAAAAUGAUCCACACGGGAGAGAAGCCACAUAAAUGCAUGGAGUGCGGAAAGUGCUUCAGGGAGAGCGGAAGUCUUGGUCGCCAUCUAAAGAUUCACACAGGAGAGAAGCCAUUCAAAUGCAUGGAGUGUGGGAAGAGCUUCAUUCUGAAGGCACAACUGCGUUCCCAUCAGAGGACCCACACAGGGGAGAAGCCAUAUAAAUGCAUGGAAUGCGGAAAGGGCUUCAGUGAUAAUAGGACAUGUAUUAACCAUCUAGCGACUCACUCAGGGGAGAAAUGCAUUGAUACUGGGAAGAGGCCACAUAAAUGCAUGGAUUGUGGAAAGAAUUUCCAACGGAGUGCGCAUCUGCGUAGGCAUCAAAGAAUACACACAGGAGAGAAGCCCUAUAAAUGCAUAGAAUGUGGAAAGGGUUUCGGUGAUCAAGAGUCAUAUAGGUACCAUCUAAAGAUUCACACAGGGGAGAAACCACACAAGUGCAUGGAGUGUGGAAAGAGCUUCAUUCAGAGGGCACAACUGCAUUCCCAUCAGAGGACCCACACAGGGGAGAAGCCAUGGAAGUGCAUGGAGUGUGGGAAAUGCUUCAGGGAGAGUGGAAGUCUUAGUUCCCAUCACAGAACCCACACAGGGGAGAAGCCAUACAAAUGCAUGGAGUGUGGAAAGUGUUUCAGUGAUAGUCGAGCCUAUCGUAAUCAUCUAAAGAUUCACACAGGGGAGAAACCAUUCAAAUGCAUGGAAUGUGGAAAGAGCUUCAUUCAGAGGGCAUGUCUGCGUUCCCAUCAGAGGACUCACACAGGAGAGAAACCACAUAAAUACAUGGAAUGUGGAAUAAGCUUAAGUGAUAAUCAAACACGUAUUAACCAUCUAGCAACUCACUCAGGGGAGAAAAGUAUCAAUACUGGGAAGAGGCCAUAUGAAUGCAUGGAUUGUGGAAAGAAUUUCCGCCGGAGUGCGCAUCUGCGUAGCCAUCAAAGGAUACACACAGGAGAGAAGCCAUAUCAAUGCAUGGAGUGUGGAAAGAGCUUCCGUGAUAUUUCAACAUACCAUAAACAUCUCAAAACACAUACAGGAGAAAAACCAUAUAAAUGUAUGGAAUGUGGAAAGAGCUUUGGUGACGGUGCACAACUUCGUAUGCAUCAAACGACGCACACAGGGGAGAAGCCAUAUAUGUGUAUGGAAUGUGGAAAGAGUUUCAGUCGGAGCAAUGCUCUGAUUUGUCAUCAACGAAUACACACAGGAGAGAAGCCAUACAAAUGCAUUGAAUGUGGAAGGAGCUUCCGUCUUAGUGGAUCAUAUAAUAGCCAUCUACAGAUUCACACAGGGGAGAAGCCGUAUGAAUGCAUUGAAUGUGGAAAGACCUUCCGUCUUAGUAUAACAUAUAAUAAACAUCUGAAGACCCACACAGGGGAGAAGCAAUUAAAAUACAUGGAAUGUUGAGAAAGUGUCAGUGAUGCUGGAUCAUAUAAUAAUCAUGUAAGGACCCUCACGGGAGAAGCCAUAUCAAUGCAUGAAGUGCGGAAAGUGUUUCCGUCAGAAGGCACAUGUGCAAUCCCACCAAAUGGUCCACACAGGAGAGAAGCCAUAUAUGUGCAUGGAAUGUGGAAAGAGCUUCAGGUGGAGUAAGCAGCUGUGUUGCCAUCAAAUAUCCCACACAGGGGGAAAGCCAUAUAAAUGUAUGGAAUGUGGAAAGUGUUUCAGUGAUCCUGGAUCAUAUAAUAAUGUCAGAGACAGAACGCCACUAGAUAAGAUUCAACACAGUUUAUUAAGGAUACAGAACCAAAAAUGCCCGUAAAAGACAAAGGGCUAGGCAAACACUCGCCUUCAAUACGAAAAGAUACUAAAAAACAGUUCAAAAGAUAAACCGGAUUAAACGGGAGUUUAAUCCGGGUUAAACCAGAAAUGCUUACUUCAGCCUGGCACUUAAAACAAACAAAAACUGGUAAACAAAGAUACAAUAAAACGUAAAUAACUGGCAGCAGAUUUCUCUCUGCUACUCAACAGCUGUGGUUGAUUAACUUAAGUUGCUACUCCUCCGUGUAGCAAGCGAACUCCGGGUUCAAACACAUCAAUCAGGGCAGAAGCAGUCAGCGGGGUCCCAAUCCGGUCCAAGGUCGAAGGCGUCUUAGUUCACCAGUUCCACCGAUAAUCACAGAAGGGAUAGUCCGAGGUCGCAGUCAGUCAGUCAGUCAGUCCAGCGUCAAUCCAGAGUAGGCAAUUAAUGUCCGUCAAAAAGACGACGGAGGUCCAAGGUAUUCAGCAAACGAAUCACACCCGUCUUCAGGAAAUUCCCAACAAGAGCCCAAGCGUUCGUCCAGAUUACCUUGCCCAACGCAAUUAGCCCUGGAUUCUAGACCCCAUUUUAUGCCAGUUUACAACUCCUCAUUGCUGUCAGCUGUUACCCUAAUUCCAGGUGCCUCAUCAUCAUCCUCCUCAUCAGAGCUAAAACACCUUUGACUACGCCCCACAGCAUCCCCAGCUGUGGAUCCCGUCCCAUCCCUCCAGCUCGUCCACGGGUCUAAUCCUGCAACCCCCCAGUCGCCUCCCAUGCUAUCAUUGCCGGUGGCACCCAAAUCCUCCCUCACACGAGUCCAUUCCAUAUCAUCCUCCUCUGAGCUAACCAUCUCUUCCUCCAUUCCCUCGGUAAAACCCUCAAAGGAGUCUUCAUCAGUUGGUUCUGCAAAUAAGUCCCGCAGCCGUUUCCUUUCUCGCUCCUCAAGAGAGUCUGACUCCUGAGGAGUCUUACGACCACGUCUCCCAGAAUCGGAGCCAUAAGGCUCAACCAUAACAAAUAAUCAUCUAAUGGCUCACACAGGGGAGAAACCAUAUAUGUGCAUCAAAUGUGGGAAGGCCUUCAGCAGGAUUGGCUCACGUUGUAAACAUGUAUUGACUCACACAGAUGAAACCAUCUGAAUGCAUGGAAAGUGGAAUGAAAUUCAGGGAAAAUAUUCAUGUUGUUCCUCUAGUUCCUGAGAAUUUACCAGCUUUGAAAUUCCUCAAAAUGACUUUCUAAUGUCAAACCCAUUUCUUCUAUUUCCUGAAUUAGACACCUAUUCUCCUUUAUAAAUCUUGAUAUUUUCCUAUGUCUAUAUUUUAUAAUGACAUUGAAUAGUACCUACAAUAAAGUUGAUU